CGAAUACGUGAAUUGCAUUUACUUCCAUUUAACACCCAGAAGUCUUACUUAGCUGAUCAAUUAUGAUCUACGCAGGACGAUAUUCAUGCGACUAUACACCGCCGCUCUAAUGCAUUCCAGUAGACUAAUAAUAGAAGCACUUCGAUGCUUUUAUUAAGCAACGUUUGCUAGGACUAUCCUACCGUUAGACACCUAGGUUUGGACACGCUUGCGGGCAGCCUAGCUAGCUUCGGAGCUUAUCGAAUUAGCAUUAGCAAUUCGCAGAGGAGAAAACUAUGCGCACAUGGUGACUGUGACAGCGCUUGAGUUUAUGUACCCGCACCGCUUAUUGAGCUCUAGGACUCGGUCCGGCUAACAAGGCUGAAAUGAAGUUAUUAUUUUCAUAGAAACGUAGUACUCCUGUUUGGACUUCCAAAAGUCAAUACGACUUUCCCGCAAUGGAUCUGUUUGGGAUUGGAAUAGCAGCCCUCAGCUUCCUCGCGUGCUUCUGCGUGGGCUGGUGGUUUCUUAAUAGAAGCCUUUAUAACCAUCUUGAGGAGAGAGACUACCAGGUCCAGGCGUUAUGGUCAAUCGUGUUCGCCCUGUCAUGCAAUUUCAUCAUCCUCGUCCUUUUCGAGAUAGUGGACGUCAUGGACCCCGGGCUGCUUCAGGCCUGCUGGCACCUGAACGUGUGGGGCAUGCUGGUGCUGCUGCUGGGGGUGCUGCCGUACUGCCACAGCCACCGCCUGCUGGCCAGCGCAGGCAGUCUCCGCCCGGGUCAGGUGUCCGCGGGCGCCUGCCUGUGCUGGCUGCUCUUCCUGUACGGCUUCUGGCAGCUGGGCGGCAGGCUCCCGGGAGUCGUGCCCCCCCUCACCCCCGGGGGGGGAGCAGGGGGAGGGGGAGGUGGUUGGGUUACCAUGCGGCAGGCCAUCAGCCGGGUGGGGGUGAUGGGCACCUGGAUGAUCGCCGUACUGUCGGGGUAUGCGGCGGUUAGCUUUCCGUACUCGUACUUAUCGUUGUUCGUACGGCCGGUGGAGGUGUUUGAGAUCGUGGCGAUGGAGGAGCAGUGUCGCCAGGCCCAGUCUCAGUGCGACGAGAAGCGGCACCGCAUCCAACUAGCGCGGCAGGAGCUCAGCCGCAUGGGGGGAGGAGGAGG